AUGAUUUAUCUUGAUGAAUUAAGUGAAUAUCCUGCUUGGAUACUUUGCUUAAUUGCCAUUGGAAUUGCUGCUUUAGUAUACGGUGUGUUAUUAUUAAGUGAGGCAAAAAGUACAGAUGAAGACUCGUCGGAUGAAGAUGAAUUUGAUGACAGUAAAAUACGAAAAAGACGUAAAAAGAAGAAACCUGAGCCAGAAGACGUGUUUGCUGAUUGUGACAAAUGGCUUAAAACUUGGCAAAGUAGAUUCAGUAUAGGUGAAGAUGCUGAUAGACCCGAAUUACAGAUUGGGGAAUCUGAAAUAAAACCAACUAUUCACCAUAAAAAUGGUAGUGAAGAAUGA